UGCCGGCAUAGGUUGGUCAGGAUACAUGUCCGAAAUUCAGACGAAUUGCAACCUAGAUAAUGAACAGGAAAUCAAUAUCAAUCAAUACAUGGCUAAAAUGAAACGCCUUUUAAAGAAAAAAUCAAAUUUACAUUGGCAUAUUGAAUUCCUUAAUAAAUACGCCAGAGAGAACAUUAGCCCACUAGGUCUACGCAUUCAAGUGUUUCCUUCUUUCCAGACCACUAUACCUGAAUUCAAAGUGGCGUGGGAACAAGCACUUUCAACAUGUAGCACACAAUUAAUGAAAUUAUUGGUAGGCCAUCAUCAGUCAGAGCUACUAUCCUUAGAACAGGAUAUCUUGCUACUACAAUCCAAUAAUGAAGGUAUAAAAGGCCAUACCCAUUAUGAUAAACGAUGUCAAGACAUCAAAGACUUUAUAACCAAAACAACCAAAGAUAUUAUUUACAAAAAACAAGUGAAACUGUCGAAGGACAGAUUUGCAUUCAGUGAAGGCUUUGCCUAUCGUUGGCAGGCCCCCACUCAAUACAAAGGCUCACGUUCUAACUUCAGGGUACCUCGCAACGUAGACAGUAACCAAUAUACAACUGAAGAUGAUACUGAAUCUGACUCCUCUUCUUUAUUGCCUUCACAGCCUCCUUCGAGACGGAACUACCCAGCAUCCACUUCUUCCACUUCGGGGACACGUAAGAGGGGUUUUGGUGCACAUUGACUCCACUAAGUCCUUCGAGGAAGCGCUCAGAUACAGCGCGAAACAUGUCAGGACUCCGAUCAACCCAGCGCAAGUGCUAAAAAUCUCCAGUUGCUGAUGAUUUUCUUUAGAAGCUUUUGUAUUUAUUUAUGGUUCCAACUAUUAGUCCACUUUUGGACAUCUAGUCUAGUAUUAUAUCAAUUGGUGCUAGUACUGUACAACCAGAUUUAAUCUUCUAAGCUACAUCAAUUACUGUGAACGCUGUACUGAUCAAAUGCUAUGUGUAAUUUAUGUGUACUCUUUGGAGGAAAACUUUUAAAAUAUAUAUUUUUUUGUAAUAAAUAUUUUUAUAUAUAAAGUCAGUUUUCGAAAGACUCAUAUCUUUACUAACUUAUCAUGCCGACAAAGUCCAUGACUAGCCCCUAAGUCAUUCCCUUUUUCAAAAUUAUGAGGCUUUAUUCCUUCCACUGAUGGCAGUGAUGGGGCACUAUUCUUUCCACUGACACCAAUUAUGUAAUUUUACUCCCUCUGACCACCAAAUGGUUUACUUCCACCAAUUCCAGUGCAUUUUCCACUCCCACUGGCCACAGUUUUACCCCCCGAAAGUUUGAAGGGCAGUAAUUUGGCCCUUUUCAAAUGUUUGGAGAACCCUGCUGUAGAACAACCUUUCUAAACCUUUUCAACACAGAGGAACCCUUUUUGGUCUCUGGGAAUCUCUGCUAAAAACUCAUUAGUGUGAUGGUCAGUGGGAAGAAUGCUCUUCACAUUUGUGGUCUUUGGG